CACACACGGUCUAUGUUACGUCUGGAGCGAGGGCACUCUCCCUACGUACGGACAUUGUCUUACACGAGGAUAUAUCGCCGCUCCACUCGUAUCAGAACACGUGCACACACGCACAUAGAGUGAUCUAGCCAGAAAGAGAUGGCGGCCGGCGGCAUGAGCAGGGAGGCGAGGUGGAGCCUGGCCGGCGCGACGGCGCUCGUCACCGGCGGCAGCAAAGGGAUCGGCCACGCGAUCGUGGAGGAGCUGGCGGGGCACGGGGCGCGGGUGCACACGUGCGCCCGGAGCGCGGCGGAGCUGGAGGAGUGCCGCCGCCGGUGGGAGGCCAAGGGGCUCCUGGUUACCGUCUCCGUCUGCGACGUCUCCCUGCGCGCCAGCAGGGAGCAGCUCGUGGAGACGGUCAAGUAAGUCUUCGACGGCAAGCUCGACAUACUGAUGACUACUCACUUCAUCUCAGCGUCAAAAGACGUCUUAUAUUAUGGGACAAAGGAGUAAUAAUUUUGAACUUAGUUGUCUUCCUGAAAUCUCCAGAGUUCGUCGGUUCAGAUUGAGAUCACGCCCGCCGUCCAAGGACUGCAAAUUGGCUCUAAAAUUCCACCCAAUCCAAAGAGGUUCAUAUGGGUUUACAGGGCUGACCACUCCUACUGUAUAUAUGCAGGUGAACAACGCGGCGCAGGCUCUUGCCAAGGCGGUUGUGGAGUGCACACCGGAGGAGUACACGAACCUCAUGGCGACCAACCUAGAGUCGUGCUUCCACCUGAGCCAGCUCACGCACCCCUUGCUCCUCAGGGACUCCAUCGCCGGAGGAGGUAGCAUUGUCAACCUAUCCUCUCUUGGGGGCACGCUUGGGUUCCCAUGCUACACACUUUACGGUAUCAAAGAAGAAGGAAUCAACCAGCUUACAAGGAAUCUUGCUACUGAGUGGGCCCAGAACAAGAUUCGGGUGAAUUGCGUUGCCCCGGGCGUGACCAAGAGUGACAUGUUAAACAGUGUAGGCACCGACUGAGUCUUUAUUAAAAUUACAUUAAAGAAAAUACACAAGCAGAACUAUUUAACCUAAUUUGUUAUGACUUUUUUACCGGAGAUUAGAGAGAACGAGUUGGCAGAAUCCUACUACACAACUCUUUAGUAUCGUUUUUUCUAAGAAACAAAUCAUUUGGAGAACUGAUCAUUUGUGAGUGGAACAGCUCGCACCGGACAUUUUAGAGAAGGAGUUGGCGAGGAUUCCGAUGCGGCAAGCAGGCGAGCCAGAGGACGUGGCUGCAAUGGUGUCGUUCCUCUGCAUGCCAGCGGCAUCCUUCAUCACUGGCCAGGUCAUCACCGUCGAUGAUGGUCGAACAAUUAGUGCUUAGUUAAUUAAGAGUACCUCACUGAUAAACUCGUCUGCAUGUCAAUCAAUUAAUAAAGUAGCAGGUGGGCACUCCCUCCGUCUCAUAAUUAUGGGACGGAGGAAGUAAUUAUAGCAAGGAUAUGAGUGUUGUUCACUAAGAUGACUUAUGCACCUAGACGCAGUAAAAUUAUUUUGCUACAUUGUUGA